UAUUUAUAGAAAUUCGUGUUUACAGAAAAUUGUGUCCUUGUUCCUCGCUGGUUAUAUAAUAUAUUGUAUGCUUAUAUCUAUAGUUAUAUAUUUUUCCUCCUUUGAUGACUGAGCUCAAAAUGUCUGUUUCAUUAUUCUUCGCAUUGCUUUGCGGACUGAAUGUUUGUUGCGGACUAAAGGAAAUUUUGGAGUCCUAUAAGGUGGAAUUUGAACAACGUGAAGUAGAUGAGGAAUAUAAUGGACCUGUAUCUGGUAAUUCAAAAGAAUCUAAUGGACUAGUCUCUGAUAAGUGCAUGAGAUGUAUUUGCAUGGUAGAGUCUCAUUGCAACAACAAUAUAGGAUGUCGUAUGGAUGUUGGUUCUUUGUCCUGUGGACCCUUCCAGAUUAAAAAGCCAUAUUGGAUCGACUGUGGACAACCCAAAGGAGACUAUAAGACAUGUGCCAACGACUAUUCAUGUUCCUAUAACUGCAUCCAGGCUUAUAUGACGAGGUACAUUGGUCACAGUGGAUGUCCUAAAAAUUGUGAAAGCUAUGCUCGAAUCCACAAUGGAGGUCCAAGAGGAUGUACAAACCCAAACACCAUUGGAUACUGGAACAAAAUUAAACAACAGGGUUGCACGAUAUAUAGUUAAAGCCACCGGACGUAUAGAUCACAUGUUUGUACAUACUAGUAACGCAAAAUAAAGUAACAUUAACUCUGAA